GUCCAUUUUACUGCAGGUGGCAAUAGUCUUAACUGACUCAUUUAAUCGGUUAGUACUCAUGUUUUUAAGAGUUUCUAUAAAAUUAACAUUAUUUUUGUAAAAAACAAGUGCAUAGCCUAAUUUCAUCAAAUACUCAAUUAGUGAUGCUUCAAAAUACACAUGCAGAGAGUACUUAAAUUUUCCUCUCUCUUCAGCAAGAGAUGCUCACCACGUCCCUCCAUUUCUCAUUAAAUAUAGGUGUACUUUGCAAUCCGCUGCUUUUAUUUUUGCUGUCAUUGAAGAGGGGAUGGAUUUUAAAAUUACUGGCCAUGUUUCCCUUUAGAGAAGCCCACACGUGCCAACCCUGCCUUUACUGGAGCCGUAGCAGCAGCGGUGCAUGUUCUAACUUAGGCAACGUUGGGUCAUCUGUUUAUUGUCAGCUUGGCGGUCAGAAGAAAGGGCGGCGGUUGCCGAGGCAACCGACACCCCGGGCAACGGCAAGUGGGGGCGGGAGGGGGCGUGGCUGCGACGGGCAAGCGACGACAGGAGGAGGCGUCCGCCGCGGCGUUGGGAGCACCGCCCGUCUGCGCGGCCGGGCGUAGGCGGGGUGGCCCCAGCGUCUCCCGCUACCUUGAAAAACCAGGGCGGGCGGGCAAGCGAGGCUGCAGGCCCGGCCGCUGCCUUUCCCCACACUCCCGGCCGAGGAGCCUCGCUCGGCGCCCAACAUGGCGGGUGGCCGCUGCGGCUCGCAGCUAACGGCGCUCCUAGUUGCCUGGGUCGCCGCGGCGGCGGCUACCGCAGGCCCGGAUCAGGCCGCGCUGCCGGCAGAGCAGAGCCGGGUCCAGCCCAUGACCGCUUCCAACUGGACGCUGGUGAUGGAGGGCGAGUGGAUGCUGAAAUUUUAUGCCCCAUGGUGUCCAUCCUGCCAGCAGACUGAUUCAGAAUGGGAGGCUUUUGCAAAGAAUGGUGAAAUACUUCAGAUCAGUGUGGGGAAGGUAGAUGUCAUUCAAGAGCCAGGUUUGAGUGGCCGCUUCUUUGUUACGACUCUCCCAGCAUUUUUUCAUGCAAAGGAUGGGAUAUUCCGCCGUUAUCGUGGCCCAGGAAUCUUCGAAGACCUGCAGAAUUAUAUCUUAGAGAAGAAAUGGCAAUCAGUUGAGCCUCUGACUGGCUGGAAAUCCCCGGCUUCUCUAACGAUGUCUGGAAUGGCUGGUCUUUUCAGCAUCUCUGGCAAAAUAUGGCAUCUUCACAACUAUUUCACAGUGACGCUUGGAAUUCCUGCUUGGUGUUCUUACGUCUUUUUCGUCAUAGCCACCUUGGUUUUUGGCCUUUUCAUGGGUCUGGUCUUGGUGGUAAUAUCAGAAUGUUUCUAUGUGCCAUUUCCAAGGCAUUUAUCUGAGCAUUCUGAGCAGAAUCGGAGGUCAGAGGAGGCUCAUAGGGCUGAACAGUUGCAGGAUGCAGAGGAGGAGAAAGAUGAUUCAAAUGAAGAAGAAAACAAAGACAGCCUUGUAGAUGAUGACGAAGAGAAAGAAGACCUUGGCGAUGAGGAUGAAGCCGAGGAAGAAGAGGAGGAGGACAACCUGGCUGCUGGUGUGGAUGAAGACAGAAGUGAGGCCAAUGACCAGGGGCCCCCAGGAGAGGACAGUACAACCCAGGAGGAACUAGAGCCUGAGGAGGCUGAAGAAGCCAUCUCUGAGCAGCCCUGCCCAGCUGACACAGAGGCGGUGGAAGACUCCUUGAGGCAACGUAAAAGUCAGCAUGCUGACAAGGGACUGUAGAUUUAAUGAUGUGUUUUCAAGAAUACAGACCAAAACAAUAUGUCAGCUUCCCUCUGGCCUGCAGUUUGAACCAAAUCCUUAAUUUCUCCUGAAUGAGCAAGCUUCUCUCUUAAAAGAUGCUCUCUAUUCAUUUGGUCUCAUGGCAGUAAGCCUCACUUAUACUAAGGAGAGUCAGGUGUGACAAUCAGGAUAUAGAAAAACAAAUGUAGUGUUGGGAUCUGUUUGGGGGCUGGGAUGGGAACAAUUUCAUUUACUUGGCGGCGAGAAAGUCUUGACCAGAGGAGGCCACUCCCAGCCCUAAAUAGCACCUUCUACAGACAAGGCUGCAGGCUGAGAGAAAUAAAAGCAAAGCAGGAGCCUUGGAUCCUGAGCAUCCUCAAAGUGUAGCAUAGAAACCUUACUUCCUUUUCUUGUGUAAAUGAUUUAUUUUUGUCAAAUUGCAAGAAACAUCAGGCAUCACAGUGCAUGAACACUGUUUUACGGACAGCAAUUGAGGAGGCCUUGGGUACAGAAAGGAGCUCAGAAGCCAUCACAGCCCUCUGACUCUCCUGUGUCUUGUUUUAUUUCUUACCUUUAAUUUUUCCAACUUUUCCACCAUGGGGGUUCAGGCUCUCCACACUCUUCACAAUUAUCUCUUGGUUAGAGGACUCCAAUAGCAACCAGAUUUACAUGAACUGUGUUGCUUAUUUUGACCUAUGGGUUUAGGUAAUCAGUAACCAUAACCCAUGAAGUCAUGACCACCAAACAUCUCAAAUGAAAUGUUGCAGCCAUCAGAGGUUCAAAAGGAAGUAAGGAUUUUACAAGACAGAUUAAAAAAAAAUUGUUUGGCCAAAAUAUAGUGUUUUUAUUUUUUUAAGUUUCCUUAACAAUAUUCUUUUUCAAACCAGAAGUCCUCUAAGUCUUGACAGUACAAGGUGGUCUUGUGAAGAAAAGUUGAAUACUGUUUUGUUUUAUUUUCAUCUCAAGGGGUUCCCUGGGUCUUGAACUACUUUAAUAAUAACUAAAAAGCCACUUCUGGUUUUCCUCCAGUGUUGUGCUUUUGGUGGAAGAAUUAAUGAACUUCAGUAUCUGAAAGUGAAAGAUUUGAUUUUGUUUCCAUCUUCUGUAAUCUUCCAAAGAAUUAUAUCUUUGUAAAUCUCUCAAUACUCAAUCUCCUAUAAAUACCCAGGGAGCCUAAUUUCUUUUAAAAAAAUCUAUCCAUUUAUUUUUCUCUUACCUGAUUUUUGUGUUAGAAUAAAUUCAUGAAAUUAGGUUCCAAGCAUAUGAACGAUGCCUAAAGUUGAUUCUAUGCCCCUUGGAUCCAGAUAGCAUAAUGAGUACAGGUUUAUGAAACUCUAAAAGUUUCUGUUGUAUUUAAAAAGGAACAUGUGGUAUAUUUCUAUCUGGCUGUUUAGAUAACCCUUUCCUUGUAUUAACUGCGAGCACAGGGCUCACUGGUGGGGGAGGUUCUGAAACUGUCUGCCCUCCUGUGGCUGAAUGAAGCUGUUGCAAGACUUGCACAAAGGAGGUUAUUCUUCUGACAGCAUCAAUUUUUAGAGAUGAUUAUUUUUCAUCUUUCCAAUUCAAUUACUUGACACGUCUCCUUCCCUAGUAUGGUAAAGUUUAAGAGUCACCAGUAAUUGUGCUUUUCAGACAGUGGUGCAGCUUCAAGAUUGAGGCCAUCACCCAGCUGAUGGGCUGGGAGAAACUUGCCAUGUCCUGCCCAUUUUCUGCCUCCUUAGUCACUGCCCAUUUCCUGCCCCUUUGGUCGCUGACACAUAUUCACCCAAAGUGCCAUGGUUCUGAUGGUGGCAGUUCCAUCUCCCUGAUACCAGGAAGCUUUUCUGGAUAAGGGCAGAGCUGGGCCUGCCUGUCCUCCUGUCACUGGAUUUCUUUCUCUUAAAAUCAGCUGAAACAGAGUUUUCAAAGAACAGUCUACCCAGGUUCACAGGUAUUAUGGAAUAAGAAUGGUUUUAUAGUUCGGCUUUUCUAUAUAAUGCCUCCCACUCAAACUGAAAUAUUCUUUUUUUUUAGUGGAGGAUUUGACUAGAGGGGAGGGAAGGCAGAAAUACAGUCUACCCUGGCUUUUAUAAAUGUAAAGCCAAUUUCCAACCAGACCUCAAAUAGUACAGGUUGAACAUUCCUCAUCCACCAAUCCAAAACUCCAAAUGCUCCAAAAUCUUAAACUUUUUGAGUUCCAACAUAAUGUCAGAAGUGGAAAAUUUUAAACCUGACCUCAUUUGACAGGUCACAGUGCAAUCAAAACUUUGUUCCAUGCACAAGAUUAUUAAAAAUAUUGUAUAAAAUUACCUUCAAGCUAUGUUGUAUAAAGUCUAUGUAAAACAUAAAUGGAUUUUGUGUUUAGAUGUGGGUCUUAUUCCCAAGAGAUAUCUCAUACAUACAGAAAUCCCCAAAUCCAGAAAAAUUUGAAACACUUCUGGUCCCACACAUUUUGGAUAAGGGAUAUUUGAUCUAUAUCUAAUUAUAUAAUAAGACAAUUUUUUUUUUUUUUGGGAUGGAUUUUCUCUCUUGUCGCCCAGGCUGCAACGGCACAAUCUCAGCUCGCUGCAAUCUCCGCCUCCCUAGUUCAAGCUGUUCUCCUGCCUCAGCCUCCAAAGUAGCUGGAAUUACAGGCGUGUGCCACCAUGCCUGGCUAAUUUGUGUACUUUUAGUAGAGAUGGGGUUUUGCUAUGUUGGUCAGGCUAGUCUUGAACUCCUGACCUUAGGUUAUCCACCUGCCUUGGCCUCUCAAAAUGUUUGUAUUACAGGUAUGAGCCACUGUGCCUGGCAGAAAAUGUAUUUUCUUUCUCAGGAAUACUUUUAAAAAAACUGAAGGGUGAGGAAAAAAAAAUCUUGGAGAAGAGAACCCUUUAAAACUUUAAAUAUUUAUCUGUGGGAACGAUUUUUCCUGAUUUUCCCUUUUUUAACAUCAUGGCAAAGAUGGAUUUUUUUUACCAGAUGUCCUGAUAAGUACAUAACUAAUGUCUUUCCACUUAAGUCUUUAGGUUUGUUUUGAAUACUUAAUAUAAACUAAAGGAGAAAAGUUAACCUAAAAUAAUUUAAACUUAAAAUUAUAUGAACAAUUCAAUAAGACAUUGUGGAUUUUUUUUAUAGAUAAUAUAUUUGAUCCAGAACUUGAGUAUAUGGAAACAUGAUUUUGAUUUUUAAAAUCUAAAAAAAAUUAAAAUCAUGCUUCCCUCUAUUGCAAUAUCAGUUAUUUAGUCACAGAAUGGUAUUUUAUGUAAAUUAAAAUUAGGUGAAUUCAGUGAAGGUAACUGGUUUUGGAAUGGGAAUGUGCAUUGCUUCAUGUUUGGGGGGUUGGAGCAGGGUACCUUUUCAUUGAUUAGAAGGAAAGCGUGAAACUUCUGAUUACCUUUAUGUUGGUUUCUCUUAUGAUUUAUCUCUUGCUAGAUCUGCUAAACCAGCGUAGCUUGCUCAGAGAUCUCAUUAAAGCCACGUACAGGCAAUCCACAUCUUUCUUUCCCUUUGAAGUAUAGCUAUUGGAUGGGAUGAGGGACAGGGCCUGUUGGGUUCACAGGGCCUUGCACUGCAUGAGCACAUGCUUACAAGCUCAUCUUGUGCAUAGAAUCCCUGCCUGUUAACCACAGCCCUCUUCGUACAUUCAAAAUAACCACUGUCGUAGAAAAUAGAUAAGCUUCGGCGGGGUUAGCUUUUGAUAUUGGAGAAAGCCAAAAGUUUACUUUUUAUGGCCAAAAUUCCUUAUUGACAACUGUGAUAUUCUGAUAUGAUUUGGAAAUAUGUAAGUUUACAGAACCUGCCUCCUGUAAAAGUACCUUUGAGGUAGAUGAUAAAAGUCAUUUUUAAGGCAAAUACUUACCAUGUGACUUUUUAUUAGCAAGUGCAUCAGUAGUAGAGCUGGUAUGUUGUUUUUCAGGAUGGAAACAUUAAAGAGUCCAGAGAAAAAUAAAUUUUAAAGAACUUAGAAAACAUAAGGUACACAUGAGAUUUCAGCAUAAAAUCUUUGGUAUGAAGUGAGAGAAAGAAGAGGGAGGCUAGUGCUCUUGCUCCUAUUGAUAGGCUGUGUCCUUCCUCUUGGUGUUGGCAGUAUUAUUUCUGUCAGUAUUAUAAAUGUGUGGUUGGCCCAUCUUGUCAAAUGUACCAACAUUAUCGAAAGUAUUCAUGUUAAUCUCAUAUGCCAACAGAAAAUUUCUUCCAUAUGUAAUAUCUCUUUACCUCAGUCCUACGUUUUGAUUCUCUGGGGGAGAUUUUAGCUUGUCUUCAAAAGCCAAAUGUGAAGUCACCAAGCUUGGUGAUCUGAUGGGGCAACUUUUUGAACAGCUUUUCUGGAAGGAAGAUCUUUUGAAAGGCUUUUGAUCACUUCAGCCCGGGACAUGGCCUUCAGAUGGCUUAUUCUCAGUGAAGCUUUAUGUAGACUGUGACACUGUAUAUGUGUGACUCAUAAAACUUUGAUGCAUUUCUGAAGUAGUUUAUUCAUAUUUGUUAUUAGACAGCUUCUUUGUGGAAAUGCAACUUUUAUACUAAAAACAUUGCUUAUAAUGCAAUGCAUCAUAAAUUUGUUAUAUAUAUUCUUUGUAUUAGUCUUAGCCUAAUGAACUUAAUUAUGCUUCUUUCUGUAUUCUUUGCUUCCCCAAGUAGUAUCUGCAGCACUUGGAAUGAGAAAUCCAGAUAUGUGUUUCAAGUAGUACAUUGCCUGAAUCACAAAUCACUUGAUCACAGUAUUGUACAUAAUUCUUGAUCCUAUUUGUUUCAUUUUAUUGUAAAUUCCCAUUUGCAUCAAAACCUAAUGAUCAUGAUAAGUAAAAACAAAUGGUGUACUGCUUUUCCUACAAGUAUUUUCAUAAAAGCCAUUUGCCUAGGCAGCAAAAAAUAUUAAUUUGUUAAAAAAA